UCUCUCUAAAACUUCACUCGUUCUGGUUAUUUUUUGUUGCACGCACCAAAACGGCUCUUUCGCUGGCCAAAAGCUUCACCGUUUCGGUUGUUGGUUAGGGUUUCAUAUUCCCAUCAGAAAAAUGUUGCAGAAAGCCACUCCUUCGCUCUUCCAACUUUCCAAUUCCAAUCCUCCACCACGCCCUUUGCCAACCAUGCAUUGAUUAUUUCUCUUCUUCAUCUUUUCGGGUCUGUGGCAGGUUCGUUUUUCUUUGUUUUUCGUUGCGAAAUUGGUUUCUUAAUUGGUAAGCUACUGAGGUUUAUUCGGAUUUUGGAGUUCUUGAGUCGGCUGUUGUGAAUCCAUGUUUUAGCUUCUGAAAUGGAUGAAAUGUAACGGUGUGUUAGCUUCACUUAGAAACAUUUGGAAGAGGUGCAUUUAGAAUUCGAACUGUUUCAGAUCAGACACGACACUCCAAGCAUAGGGUGAAUUUGCUCGAUAUGAUUGAUAUAGUGAUAUUUGAGUACAAGAAAGAUCUGAUGGUGGCAGUUCUGGUAUGGAAAUGUAUGAUGUUUCUGAAACUAGAAACCCAGAUGCUUACUUGAUUGAAGGUGCUGAUUUAAAUUCGCACUUCACAAGACCAAAUCUUGAACAAACUGAAGUCAUGAUUAAUGAAGGAGCCACCGAGUUUGUUGUUGAUCAGAAUUUGUAUUAUCCUGCUGCCACCAAUUAUGGGUAUUACUGUACAGGAUUCGAAUCACCCGGGGAGUGGGAGGACCACCAUAGGGUUUUUGGUGUAGAUGGUCCCGAUAUUCAGUACACGGGUGCACAAAAUGAAAGUAUGCCAUAUGUAUAUUAUAGCUAUGGAUAUGCACAGUCUCCAUACAAUCCUUAUAAUCCUUACAUUCCUGGUGCUGUGAUAGGAGUUGAUGGCUCAUUUGGAGGAGGGCAACAUUAUUACACCUUCCCCAAUUAUCAAAACCCUGUUUCUUCACCUGCUUAUAUUCCCCUUGUUGUUCAACCAGACAAUUUUCCUGAUAGUUCUGCGGAUUCCUUGUUUGGAGCCAGUGCUUCUGUCAGUAGACCUGAUGGAAGAGGUCUGAAACAUAAUUUCAAUUCAGCUUCUGGUAACUUUUCUAGGAACUCUUCAAAACUUCUAUCGAAUCAGACCAGUUCCUUGGCCAGGGUAUCAGAAGGGCCAAGAGCUAAUGAGGGGAGGAAGCUAAAUUUGAAACAUGCAAGUGUUUCUGGGAAUAGUUUUCUCAAUUCAGCUUCAUCAGCUGUCCAUCAGGCUAGAAGUCCUGGUGCCUCAGUCCAACCUGUAGAUACUAUUUCUAACGGGAAUGUUAUGUCUCAUUAUAAUCAAUUGAAAGCAGCUUCUACUUCAAAUAGUGGAUUUCCUGAUUUUGGAUCUAAUGCUAAUGGACAGUCUGCAGUUGCUAAACUUAGGCAGAAGUUUCACUUUGGUAAAGUACCAAGUGACGGAAAUGGAAGCUCUGAUGUAUUGGGUGAGCAAAAUCGAGGCCCUAGAAUUAGUAGAUCAAAAAAUCAGCUGUCUGUGAAAGCCUAUACAACCAUGGUAGGAGAUGGUAACGAGCAAGGGAACAUCAUCAUUUAUACUGAUCAAUACAACAAGGAGGAUUUCCCUCUUGACUAUGAAAAUGCAAAGUUUUUUGUUAUAAAAUCAUACAGUGAGGAUGAUGUGCACAAAAGCGUUAAAUAUAAUGUGUGGUCAUCUACUCCGCAUGGAAACAAGAAGCUGGAGAAUGCUUAUGAGGAUGCAAAGAAAAUAUCAGCUGAAAAAUCUGGAGUCUGCCCUAUCUUCCUCUUCUUUUCUGUUAAUGCAAGUGGUCAAUUCUGUGGGGUUGCAGAGAUGGUCGGCACAGUUGAUUUUAAUAGGGAUAUGGACUUUUGGCAGCAAGAUAAAUGGAGCGGGAGCUUCCCUGUAAAGUGGCACAUCAUAAAAGAUGUACCAAAUGCAUAUUUUAGGCAUAUUAUACUAGAGAACAAUGAAAACAAACCAGUAACUAAUAGCAGAGACACACAAGAGAUAAUGUGUUGGAAAGGUUUGGAAAUGCUGAAAAUAUUCAAAAAUUACACUUCAAAGACAUCUUUGUUUGAUGACUUUAUGUACUAUGAAAACCGUCAGAAGAUCAUGCAGGAUGAGAAAGCCAAGUUGCUAAUCAAGAGUUUUGAAAGUCCGUUGUUCAUACCAACAACAUUUGAAGCUCCCCGAAAGUUUGAUUUUGCUGUUGACGUCCUUCCAGGCAAUAAUGAGAAGAAUUCAAAGCUAAAGGAUGUUUCUAAUAGCCUAAAACAGAAUUCAAUUUCAAGUCCUGAGCAGAUUGUUAGUAAUUCUGAUGUCAGUGUCAAGUCUGUGGAUGAGAAGGCUGAGAAAGUUGCAGUUGAUAAAGAUGAUAUUUCUUCAAUUUUAAAGAUCGGUUCGGUCACUAUUACCCCAAAACAGGCCGAGACUAAACAAUCCAUUGGCAUUGGUAAUAAAGAAUCAACUGAUGUUCUUACAGUAGGCUCAAUGCAAGUCAAAGUUAAUGGAUUUGCUGAAUCCUCUAGUAUCUUGAAGGUUGGCAGUAUCCCACUUGAUGCGAGAGCAUUACAACCGGGAAAAGGAGAUGCUGCCGUUAAAAGUGGAUCUAAACGGUAAAAUUUUGCGUCUGCAUUUCGACUUUCAGGCACCAUUUGGUUCUCUAAUCCCGUACUUUGGUAAAGAUGGAUUAAUAUCUGCCCAAUUGUAUCAUACAUUUGGGAAGUUGAGUUUCUUUUCUCUCUUUUUUAUUGCUCUUUGGGUUUUCUAGGUUACUUGCCAAUGAUGCUUUGAUCCAAGGCCAUCCUUAUGUCAUGUGUCUUUUGAGCGGUGUUGAUUGUGUUAACUCCUAAAGCUUCUAUGAAAUAGCGUAACCUCUUUUCAUUUUGCCUCUCGGCGUCCAACAUGCCAAAACUUACCCCCACCUUCAUUCUCUGUGAUUCUGUUAUAUCAAAAAGAUCUCAUUUCUUGAAUGUAUUCCAUUUUGAUUUGGUUUAAAGAUGAGGAAAUGUAACGAAUGACUGAAUGAGAGCUUUUAAAGGAAGAUUACAGUAUAUCUCCAUCUGGUUUAUUUAUUUAUUUUCCUGUAUUGUGGAAUCUAUCUGA